AUGGAAUUCGAGUCGAAGACGACGCUUGCGCGCCACGCGAGCGCGGGCACUAUUUACUGUACCUCCCGUCCCGCGUGGAUCCAAACCAUUACGUCAACAACCGAUCCCAUCCGCGCUCCAUCCACCGCCGCCGCCGCCACCACCUCAACUCGCUCCUCGUCUUCCCGAGCGCUCCGCCGCGAGAUGGCGAUGGCGUUCGCCUCUUGCGCUUCCACCAGAUCUGCCGCCGGCGACGCUUUCUCCUACGACGACGUGGGGUCGUCGCGCGGUUACCGCCUGGUGACGGUGCGCGGAAGAAGCUUCGUGGAGCUGGAGGGCAUCGUCUUCGACUCGGAAAGGUUCUGCUACCGGCGGACAUCGUCCCUGCUCGACUCGCCGCCGCGAUCUGGAUCUCCAGAUUACACGCCUGGAUCGCUGGAUUGUUCGUCGCAGCGGUCUGGAUCGCCGGAUUAUUCGCCGGCCACCCCGGACCCGGCCACACCGUCGUCGCAGCGAUCUGGAUCGCCAGUCUACUCGCCGGCCAGCCCGGAGUACACUCCAUUAUUGAAGCCGUCGUCGCGGCGUUUUGGAUCGCCAGAUUACUCACCGGCCACCCCGGAGUACACUCCCCUGACACCGUCGUCGCAGCGAUCUGGAUCGCCAGUCUACUCGCCGGCCAGCCCGGAGUACACUCCAUUAUUGACGCCGUCGUCGCGGCGUUUUGGAUCGCCAGAUUACUCACCGGCCAGCCCGGAGUACACUCCCCUGACACCGUCAUCGCAGCGAUCUGGAUCACCAGUCUACUCGCCGGGCAGCCCGGAGUACACUCCCCUGACGCCGCCGAAGCGAUCCGGGUCUCCAGCUUACACGCCGGCCGCCGCGAACUACACGCCCCGGAGUCCUUCAAGCUCGUCUUUAUCCGACUUCUUCCACGACUUUGAUCGCCACUGCACUUCGCCGUCUACGGGCUGCUCAUCGCGCGCCGUCUCGCCGGAGUACACGCCCGCCAGUGCUUCCGGCUGCUGUUCACCACCGGACUACUUCUUCUGCUACACUUCGCCGCCGUCUGCUGGGUACUCGCCGCGCGACGCGUCGCCGGAGUACACGCCUUCGAUUCCCCUCAUCAGCCUUCCCCGGCGUGCUGCUUCUCCAGACUACACCCCGAGCUCCCCUUCGGUGGUGUCAGACGCCGUUUCACGCACGUCUCCACCGAGCCACCGCCGGUUCCACCCGUACCAGAGGAGCCGGACCAGCUGCUGCCAGAGUCGCCUUCCUCCUCCCAGCAUGGAUACUAAACGCAUUCAGUAG